AUGGAGCCCAAGAGCAUGGAGCAAGGAACACAAAGAGAAACGUACAUCUUAUGUUUUUGUUUCCCUGCACAAGGUCACAUAAACCCAAUACUUCAAUUCUCCAAGCGUUUGGCCUCUAAAGGCCUCAAGGUAACCCUAGUUUCCACCAGCUCAUCUACAGUUAGUUCCAAGUUUAUUCAAACACAAGCCACUUCCAUUAACAUUGAGAUCAUUUCUGAUGAUGAGCCCGAUGAAGGCCAAAGUCGAACAGCAAAUCUUGAUUUCUUUGAAGCCUCCAAGAUUUUCGUUUCGCAAAGCUUAUCCGAGUUCAUCAAGAAACAGCUUAGUUCUGAGUAUCCACCUAAAUUUAUCAUUUAUGACUCGAUUAUACCAUGGAUUUUAGACAUAGCCAGGGGAUUCGGCAUGGACGGAGCUCCAUUUUUCACUCAACCUUGGGCUGCUAAUUCCAUUUACUAUCAUUUUCUUCAAGGGAAAUUCAAAAUUCCUUUAGAGGAGCCUAUUGUGUCAUUGCCUUCUAUGCCACCACUAAAGCUCAAUGAUCUACCAUCUUUUUUUGAUGCAGCUGACGCUUACCCAACUUCGCUAAACAUGCUCGUUAAUCAAUUUUCAAAUGUAGAAAAACUAAACUGGCUCUUCUGUAACACCUUUGAUGAAUUGGAAGAUGAGAUAGUGAAGUGGAUGGCAAGUAAAUACCCAGUGAAGAAUAUUGGACCGAGCAUUCCAUCAACGUACAUAGACAAGAGGUUGGAGAAUGACAAAAAUUAUGGCCUCAGCCUCUUCAAACCAACCACUGAUUCUUGCUUGAAAUGGUUAGACUCUAAGGAAAUUGGCUCUGUAGUCUAUGUAUCAUUUGGGAGCUUUUCUGCAAUAGAAAAAGAGCAACUGGAGGAAGUGGCCUGGGGGCUCAAGAUGAGUAAUUGUUAUUUCUUGUGGGCGGUGCGGGAAUCCGAAUCUGGAAAGCUUCCGAGAAAUUUCUCUGAGGAAACAUCUGAGAUGGGUUUGGUUGUGAGCUGGUGUCCUCAACUUGAAGUUCUAGCUCACAAGUCAGUAGGGUGUUUCGUGACACAUUGCGGGUGGAACUCGACGCUCGAGGCACUGAGCUUGGGGGUGGCGAUGGUGGCGAUGCUCCAAUGGACAGAUCAAUCAACUAAUGCUAAGUUUGUUGAAGAUGUGUGGCGGGUUGGGGUUAGGGUGAGAGUUAAUGAGAAAGGAAUUGUGACAAGAGAGGAGAUUGAGGUUUGUAUGAGGGAAGUCAUGGAAGGAGAAAGAGGGAAGGAGAUUAGCAGGAAUUCGGAGAAGUGGAAGGUAUUGGCAAAAGAGGCUAUAGAUGAAGGCGGAUGUUCUGAUAAGAAUAUUGAGGAAUUUGUUGCAAAACUUUUAUGCAGCUGA